AUGGCGCCCACAGUGGAGGCUCUGCAUGACCUUAUUGGAGUGUGUCAGGUGUAUGCUGCCAUGCUACACUCCAGGGUGGACUACCAGACAUCAGGAUGGCUAACCUGUCCUGAGGUGCUGACUGAUGACCCCCAAGCCUGCCCUGAGGUGCUGACUGAUGACCCCCAAGCCUGCCCUGAGGUGCUGACUGAUGACCCCCAAGCCUGCCCUGAGGUGCUGACUGGUGACCCCCAAGCCUGCCCUGAGGUGCUGACUGGUGACCCCCAAGCCUGCCCUGAGGUGCUGACUGAUGACCCCCAAGCCUGCCCUAAGGUGCUGACUGAUGACCCCCAAGCCUGCCCUGAGGUGCUGACUGGUGACGCCCAAGCCUGCCCUGAGGUGCUGACUGAUGACCCCCAAGCCUGCCCUGAGGUGCUGACUGGUGACGCCCAAGCCUGCCCUGAGGUGCUGACUGGUGACGCCCAAGCCUGCCCUGAGGUGCUGACUGGUGACGCCCAAGCCUGCCCUGAGGUGCUGACUGGUGACGCCCAAGCCUGCCCUGAGGUGCAGACUGGUGACGCCCAAGCCUGCCCUGAGGUGCUGACUGGUGACUCCCAAGCCUGCCCUGAGGUGCUGACUGGUGACUCCCAAGCCUGCCCUGAGGUGCAGACUGGUGACGCCCAAGCCUGCCCUGAGGUGCUGACUGAAGAACUACAAGAAUAUCAGGAAGAGACUCUGCAGAAAAUAUCGUGAGCAUCACAGACUGAACUUUCCUCUAAUAUGAUUGGGGUAUUGCUAGAUGAUUUCAAUCAUACAACUGUGGAGAAAGUUAACUUAUGACAGGUAGUAGAUAGUUUGAAAUUCACAGAAAACUUCUUCAAAGAUUAUGACAAGAAAGUGAAAUUCUAUACUGGACUUCAUCAUUACAUUAAUCUGAUAGUUUUGUUUGACUUCAUUAAUCCAUAAGGUGUGAUUCACGUCACAUGACAUGCUUCUGUUGGGUAUGCCGACAGGUUUCUCACAUCACAUGACGUUUUUCAAAUAUCUUGUUUCUGCUCCACAUGCUUGCUUUGUAUGGGCGAUAACUAUUCCUCUGGGAGUGUCUGGCAUAUCACUCUUGAAGAUACGAGUCCUGGUUAUGCUCUCAGAGUCAGUACAUAAUGAGUAAUCAUGUCGAGUAGACGUCAGGCCUCCCUGAAUGUAGAGCAGACGCGAGCUUUACUUUUCAGUGAGGAUGAUGGAGCAAUUGUUGAUUAUUCUGGUAGCUCUGAUAGUGAUAACCCUCUAGAAGCCUUAAAUGAUACUUGCGGCUUGAUCGCAUUUAGUAGAGUAGUGUGAGAGAGAGGCAGACAUAACACAACCUCAAAUCCUGUAUUAUGAUGAGAACAGGAAUUACUCGGCUUUGGGAGUACAUUAGAGUGGAUUAACUGUUUAAGGUGAUUGAUACUUCCUGCUCGAACGCUUUAGGUACUCUUUAAAUCAGUCGGUUAAACCUUAUAAUCAAUCCCUCAUAUCCUUUAUCAUGUAAAAAACAGGAACUCUUUGCUUAGGCCUAGGCUUAGAUGAUAGUAAUAUAGAUAAAGAUUAUGUGUAUAGUGGAGAGGGUGAUGCUGAAAGCGAGGAAGUAAGUGAUGAAGAGUUAGCGUUUGCUGAACUAGCCUGCCGCCGACACCAUGCACCCCAGCUGGUGCUGCCUCAUUUGUUCCAUCGCCCACUGCCUGGUUACAUGCUCCCAGGAAUCGGUCAAAGAGGAGAAGGACAGAUACAUGCAGCAGCGCUCAGACACUCGAUACCACUGCCAAGAAUGUGGUGUUCCACUCUGCAUGGAACCAUGUUUUGAAGAGUAUCACACACAUGUAUUAUUCUAAAUUGUUGUAUACAUUUUGUUAAGCAUUUAUGAAUGGGUUAGAUUUUGAAUUCAUUUAAUAUAUAAACUAGAUAUUAUAUAUUAAGCAAAUUUGUGGUAUUAUAAAACUAAAGAAGUUUCUUACUAAGUUACUAGUGGCAGUGCCUAGUGAUAAGGAGUUACAAAUUCAAUACAUUGACAUAUUAUUUAAUUUUUAUCACCUAUGAAAAACAACUGUAAAAAUAAUGGUUUGCUAUGCACAUAUUGUAUGAAUAUUGUUCAUUGAUUUUUAGUGAAUAAAAAGCCCCCACCCCCU